GGGGUUUUCCCUUACCUUUCUCUCCGCUCUCUCUCCCUCUUUUUCCCUUAGCAGUUAUUUGCCGAAUUCUUGAAGUAAUACGUAUUCGUUCUAAAAAAGAAAGUGCAUUAGGAUUAUAAGGAAACGUGACGUCAUACUUCCUCAGCCCUUCCUGUUUCUUGCAGGCGCAUACUUAAUCAUUCCAGCCCGCCCCGUCGUCUACCUGAAGGUCAGUGGUCACUUGGCGAGAAUUCCCCACAAGAAGAAGCUCAGUGUGCGUCUAGCUUCUGUGAACGAGUGAUUUGUUCCUUCGCUUGCUUGAGAAAAGGUGAAACCAGAAUGGGGCGUCUGCCGCUGAUUUGCAUGUUGAUGGUGCUCUGGAGGAUCGUGGAGCCUCAGCGGCUGUUCGCCCAAAGGAUUCCGCCAAUCGAGGAUGUCGGUUUCUGCGAGUGUCAGCUUCUGCCGGGACUUCCUGGAGGGACGAGGAGCCUUCUGCAGCUGCCCAAGUUCGGCAUCACUUUUACUCUGUUUACACCUUCGCCGGCUGGAUCAGCAGGGGUGCCAAUAUCUGUGGGUGAAACGAGAGUGCUAAGUGAAGCAGGGUUCAACGCUAAUCUUCCCUUGACUGUCAUAACGCAUGGCUGGACGGAAAGUACCGCCGAUACAGACUGGAUUCGCGAUCUCACGAAAGCUCUGCAAGCUAAGGCGCCCAUGAACAUCCUCUUGGUUGACUGGUCGAAUUUUUCGAGGCUUGACUACACCACGGCAGCCUUCCACACGGCUCUCGUUGGGAGGAGACUGGCAGAGUUUCUCACCUUCAUACAGAGAUCCUAUCCAGGAUUCACUGGCAAUCAAGUUCACCUCAUCGGAUUCAGUAUGGGGGCCCACGUCUCUGGAGUUGCUGGUCACCUGUUCCCAGGCAUCGCCAGAAUCACAGGACUUGACCCAGCUGGUCCAAACUUCGAGUGUGUCACUGACAGCCUGCGUUUGGAUCCCAGCGACGCCAGAUUUGUAGACAACGUCCACACGAAUUCCGGGUGCGCAGUGACAGGACACAUCGGAUACACGACCCCUCAUGGUCACCUGGACUUCUACGUCAACGGAGGUGGAGAGCAGCCCGGUUGCCGUCCCCUCAUUGGAGAGUUCAUUUUCGACUCUCUUCUCUUACGUUGGCCAAACAUCUGCCACCACACCCGCGCAAUUAAGCACUACAUCGAUUCCAUCAAUGCCGGGUCACCGAUCUUCGGCUUCCAGUGCAAGGACUACAAGACCUACCAGACUGGCGCCUGCCAAAAUAACAUGCGGUCCGUCUUCGGCUACCACGCGUCGCCAGAAGGUUUGCCAGUAGGAAGCGGCUCCAUUCCUUUAUUCCUCAGUGUUCAGGUGUGGAGACGAUGCAGAGGCAAGGGACGUCGGACCACAGAAUUCAAUUCCCCAUUCUGGUUUGGGAAUCUCAUACUCUCCAGUCUAACAGCUGACUAGACCUAACAUCGAGUUCAGCCCCCUAGACUCUAGGCCUGGGUCUUCGCGUGAUGUUCAUCGCUGGUGUGAAUGUAAUUCGUUCAAGAAAUACUUCAUGUCCAUUGCAGAGCUGCAACAUCAUCAUCCAGAACUAAAAUAUUCUCAAAAUGCCAACAACCGUCACACCAUCUGGACAUAAAUAAUGACAAAUAUCACUUCUGUUAAAAGAUGUCAUGGACCUUGCAUGCCCACUUGGUGAUAUUCUAAAUACCUCGCAAAGGAAUCCCACCUGUCGGUCACUCACCGCAUUCUCCUUUUGUUUCCUUGUAUAUACUUGUAAGUAAAAAUAUAUGUAGUUUUUAAAA